AUGGCGGCUCCUAAUGGGAAGAAGCGUGGUCUUGAACAUUUGGACGAAUAUGAACCAAAACCGGCCAAACACCUCCGCAGCCUGCACGACCGUAUGGCAGAGAGGAGACUAGUUGUUAUUCUAGAGGGGGCUUCGUUAGAAACAGUGAAGGUCGGAAAAACCUUUGAGCUGUUAAACUGUGACCAACACAAAAAUAUCAUCGUCAAAAGUGGAAGGAAUCCGGGACAUAUAAGACCAGAUAUCGCACAUCAGUGUCUGCUCAUGUUGAUGGACAGUCCACUGAACAGGGCAGGCCUGUUGCAGGUUUACGUCCACACAGAGAAAAAUGCUUUAAUAGAGAUCAACCCACAGACCCGCAUCCCAAGAACCUUCACUCGCUUCUGUGGCCUCAUGGUUCAGCUGCUGCACAAGCUAAGUGUCAGGGCUGCUGAUGGUCCCCAAAGGCUUCUGAAGAUGAUUAAAAAUCCAGUGUCUGACCACCUGCCUCCUGGCUGCCCACGCAUAGCCACCUCCUUCUCUGCUGGAGAGGCUGUCUGCCCCCGGACUUUAGUGCCAGAGGGACCGGCUGCAGUGGUGAUUGGAGCGUUUGCACAUGGAGCGGUGAAUGUGGACUACACAGAGAAGACAGUGUCCAUCAGUAACUACCCCCUCUCUGCAGCACUGACCUGUGCCAAGAUGUGCUCUGCCUUCGAAGAAGUGUGGGGUGUCCUGUGACAGUCAGUCAGUCAGUGAACUACUGAGGUUGACCCGGCAGUGACAGUAGAGUACAUGGACAUUUUGUAAUGGACUCGGAAUGGAUAUGACACAAACGUUGGGAUGAAAGUCUAUUUCUACAGUGAUGCCGUGUGGACUACAGACAUGUAUCCUGUUAUACACUGUAUGUGUAUACUUGUAUGAUGGCAUUGGGCCACCAUGCGGAGCAUACAUAGGUUUCUGUACCCAGUGUUCCCUUUUCAUGUAGAAGCAUGGCUGUUUUUUAUACCAUUAUCAAUUGUACCAAUUACGGAGUUUUGGAUUAUCAGUCAAAGCAGUUACAUUAAAAUAUGACAAAAUAAUGA